AGUUAUCCGUCGUAUGAAGCCUGGCUGCACAUUAAAGACAUUGCAAAACGAAAGGGAGCGUUUGAGAUCUCAUCUGUGGUAAUUGAUGAUCGUAUCGAUGGUCUCCAUUUAUUUCGAUUUCAAAGGGAUGCGGUCUUGAUCAGAGACUCAUUAAGACGUUGUCGGUGGAAGGCCACGGGGAGUUUCUGAAAAGACGCUUACUAUCCCUCCAUGCCAUCAGUAGACUCCCUUUUUAGUGACAAACCCCUGUAAUAAGCCUCCGAUCCUCCAAGUCUGAAUUCCGUUCUGCUUUAGCUGAGAUUUCAUCAGAGAUUUCGUCUUCAAAACAGAGCGCUGACAGCUUCAUCACUGCUGUACCCAAUCAGUUUCUGAUUUCUACUCCAUUUGCAACGCUCCAGUCUCACAUAAGUGAACUUAAAGCAAGCCCAGUGCUCGCCCAUUGACGUGGCACAGGCCCGGUACAAAUAGCACUCGACGGACUUGAGAAAUCCAUCUCCAACACGGCCAUCACGAUUCACAACUCGCUGCACGAUCCCACUAGAAACUAACCUCAGGUCUGUUUCUAUUCAAAUUAUGCUUCUGCUGCUUGGCCCAACUCUGUUUCUACCAGCCCCUCUCUGAAUCUCCAGAAGCGGCACAGUUAAACAAUGCACUACUGAAAGCUCUUCUGCUGUUUUAGUCUUAAUCCACGCUUGUAGGACCGGGAGCAGGUGCUUCUGAAAGCGUUAAAAGUGCUCUAGAACCAUGUGUGUCCAGUGGGCAUUGUUUACAAUUGGCCUAGUCCGCAGGAUGGGAGGACAGUAGGGGGACAGCCAGACAGUGGACUCAUGUCAUGGAAGGGGUUGUUGCAGUCGCGGUACAUACAGAGGGCUUGAAUGGUUUUCCACAAGAAUGUAAACAGACAGAGGAUCUAACCAAUGGGCACUCCAAAUGCACAACUAUCCUAAAUGGACUGACUCCAGCUAAUGGCAUCAAAGACAAUGGCAACUUGAAUGGCAACCCUUAUCUCAAAACUGUCCCAAUCUCAGCGCUGAAACAGAAUGGGCUCUUACAGUCUCUGGCAGCAGGAGGCAAUCAGACUAAAACAGAAGAGGUGAGCUUGGAGGUGGAGCGAGCACAAGAGGAGUGGGAUGCCCUGGAGAGCAUCCAACCAGUUUUUGCUGAGGAUCUCACUCCAUCACCGCUGAUCUCUUUCAAUGAGGCUCUGCAGCAUUUUCAGACCACUGAUCUUGGAGACUUGCUUAAGAACAUUCAGCCCACCAUUCGCAGGACUGGAUUGGCCGCCAUCACCCAUUUCCUGUUCGGUCCUCCACGGCUACACAAAGACCUUGUAGAGGAGAGAGACUUAGUGUUUGCCAUCGCACAGUGUUCUCUGGAUAAUGGCCAGUCAGUCCACAUGCGUGUACUCCAGACCAUCUACAGGAAAUUGACCUGCACUCGAGCUGACUGCCCUCGCUAUGGACCACACUGGGAGAACGUGGGCUUUCAAGGUGCAGACCCUGCUACAGAUCUGAGGGGAACUGGUUUUCUGGGCCUGAUGCACACGCUCUACUUCGUCAUGGACCCAGAGAUUCUACCACUUGCUAGAGAAAUCUACAAACUCUCUCAGCAUCCAGUCCAGAAUUUUCCCUUCUGCGUGAUGUCAAUCAACAUGACGCGAAUUGCCCUGCAUGCUCUCAGGGAGGAAGUGCUGUCCAAGGAGUGUAACCGAAGGCAACAGGUCGUGGCAGUGCUGAAUGAUUUUUAUGUUGCAACGUUCCUGUACCUCUAUCAGCUGUGGAAGAGCCAGCAGAAAACCAUCUCUGACUCUGGCUAUGUACUCAAAGAAAUUGAGCUCUUCGCUAAGAAGAACCCCAAGCAGAUUCUCAAACGUCUCGAGGGUUACCUGAAGGAGAGACGUGCUGGGACAGGACACCGAACAUCACCUGACACACUAUCACAUAGCAACCCUUCACCUGGUGACACUGCGUCUCGAGCAGGGAGUCAGGGCGGGAAGGAGGACAAAGAGAUGAACUUCACUGGAGUGUGUGAGCUGCCACCUGAGAUGGAGGGCGAGGCAAGACUCAUCUGAGAGACCGAGAGGGAUUCGAUUUGUAUAGUCUCAACUAUCUCUUGUGCUCUAAGUUUGUUGUUUCUUUGUUUCCUUUCUGUCCUUUAAUGCUU